GAAGAGAAGGCCACAGAAGAAGAGGCUACAGAGGAGAAGGCUGCGAAAGAGAAGGCCGCGGAGGAGAAGGUCUCAGAAGAAGUCCUGGAAGAAAAGGUCCCAGACAAAGAGUCCCUAGAUGAAGGGGUCCCAGAAGAGAAGGCUGUAGAGAAGGCUGCAGAGGAGAAGGCCCCAGACGAAGAGGCUCCAGAUUCAGAGGAAAAGAUCCCAGAAGGAAAAACUCCAGAUGCAGAACUGAAGCAGCCGCCUCGAGAAAGUGUGACCGAGCAGUCUUUUGAAAAGCCCACACCAACAGUAAAUGGUGAACGUCUAGCUACGACAACAGCCGCUGCACCUACUGUCACGGAGGAGCCUAAUGAUGAAGUUGAACAGCCAGUUACGGAUGUCGAUGAACCCAUAGAAGACGCGAAGCUCCGUCGCGAGAUGCUUGAGUACGGGUUCCGUGAAGUUGGUGCAGUUGUUGCGGAACUCGAGAUGGACGAAGAGGGAAGCGAAAUAUCUGUUGAAGAUGACUUUGAAUACGACGAAGAAGAAGAAGACGAGGAGGAGGAUGAAUAUGGCCGUACGACACGGCCAGUUCUCACGGAGGAAAUUCACCAACAAAUGCGUGAAUUAGAAAAGAAAUUGAAUGCUCGUGGGAUGUUGAAUAUAGGGAAAGAUACCAGUGUCCUGCCUGAAGAAGUGAGACGGGAAUUGGAAGAGCCACGUAAGGUGAAGGUCGAGAAGGCGGAGGAAGAGAAGAAGGCAGAGGAAGAGAGCACAAGCAAGCCGGAGGAGAAGAAAAAGAAGAAAGUGUCAUUUGCUCCUGAACUCGAUAUCGCUCCGGAUCCUAAACCUCCUGCCCCCGAGAAAACGGAACGGACCACACGAAGAGAACAGCCGGCGGCAGCGCCUAUUGCAGAGUCGAUUGUCGAACGCACGUCAGUCAAGGGAGACAAUCCUGCAGAAGAGACUCCAGCGACCUCGAAGAAAGUAUCUCGAUUCAAGAUGGCGCGGAGUACAGGCGCUCAACCAGCGGAGGCUAGUUCUCUUAGGUCCACGAUGCAGCAAGCAGCUAAAAAGCAACCCUCAGCGCCGCCGUCACCGUCGUCACUCCCGCUGUUUCCCGCAAAGCCCAAAGAGCCAAAGCCGUUCUCGCAACCCAUUGUCGAUCGCGAUAUUGAGUAUGCUACUCGGCCAUCCGCGCCACGACCUCCUGAGGGGAAGACGGUCGCCGACAAGCUUGUCGAGCGGGAAGUGCCCGACCCAAGCAACGUCAGAGCACCGGAGCCCGACGAGCUCGACGAGGAGAUACAUCGCAAGGAGAUCGCAUCCGAAUUCUACAGGAUGAGAAAUCGGAUGAUCCAGCGCAAGGGGGGAUUCGUCAAUGACGAACAGGCGGUCGUGCCGCUGGACGAGGACCAGCCGCAGAAGCGUGUCAGCAAAUUCAAGGCGGCAAGGAUGAGAAGCUAA